GUAGUGUAUGUAGGUAGUUUAAGAUAACUAGUUGUCAGUUAAAAAGUGUAAGACCCGAAAUGUAACGCCAGUCUAAAAUAAACCGUGCACACAAUAGACGUGUUUCCUUUCUCUCGUAUACUUCAGUGGCGAACGAGGAUUUUAAAUAUUAACAAUUAUUAUCGGUGUCGGUGCAAGAUUUUGUUCUGUCGGAAUGGCGUCAAUCGGCAAAAUCGGCGAAUUUAAAGUCGACGGUGGUAAUUGGACUUUGUACGUGGAGCGGUUAGAGAUGUAUUUAGAGGUCAACAAGGUCGACAAAACCAUGUGGCGGCCAACGUUAAUUGCGGUCAUGGGGGACGAAACCUAUGAGCUCCUGAGUAAUCUAACCAGCCCAGAAAAACCGGCUCAGAAAACAUACGAAGAAAUAGUGAAAUUAUUGCGUGAACAUUUACAACCGAAACCAUCUGUCAUGGCGGAAAGAUAUCGCUUUAGACAAAGGAGGCAAAAAGAUGAAGAAUCAGUUGCGCAGUACGUAUCAGAACUGAAGAAGUUAUCAAGAUUUUGCGAUUUUUCGGCCAGCCUAGAGGACAAUUUACGAGAUCAGUUCGUAUGUGGAUUACGCAGUGACAUUAUUCGACAACGCCUGUUCGCGGAGGACGAUUUAAAAUACCAAGGAGCGGUAAAAUUGGCAUCGGCAUUAGAAGCGGCGGAGAGAGACGCAGCCGUGGUGGAAUUUGGGAAUAAGGCGGCAGGGAUGUCAACGGCGGCCGAGGUGCACGCGAUGAGGUCAUUCUCGCGUGGGCGCGGCGGGAAAGCGGGGUGGCGCGCACCGCCACCGGCAGCGCCGGCGCACGGGGGCCCGUCGGACACGUGGCGCGGAGCGGGGUGGCGCGCGCAACCACCGGGGCCGGCGGCACGCGGAGGCCCGUCGGAUGCGGCGUGCGGCGCAUGUGGCGGACAAGACCAUCGCCACGAAAAUUGCCGUUACAAGGAAUUCAUCUGCAGUAGAUGUCGGCGUCGCGGGCAUUUGCGGCGGGUGUGCCCGGAGCGGGGUAGCCAGGGCGAUUUCAAGCGAGGGAUGCAUCACGUAACGGAAUUCACCGAGGACUCUGCCGGUGAGGACGCCGCGGAUGAGCGGCUGACGCAAGCAGAAGAGGAAUUAUUCCAGCUGAACUUGAACGGAUAUAAACCGGUAUAAGGAGUUAUUCUCGGAGGGACUGGGUCGGUUCACCGGGUGCAAGGCGACGCUGCGCGUGCGCUCGGGCGCGGCGCCGGUGUUCUGCCGGCCGCGCGCGCUGCCCUACGCGCUGCGGGCGCGCGUGGACGCCGAGCUGGACCAGAUGCUGGCGGCGGGCGUCAUCGAGCCCGUGGACCACUCGGACUGGGCCACGCCUUUAGUACCGGUGAGGAAGGCGGAUGGUGGACUCCGAAUUUGUGCUGAUUACAAAAUAACAUUAAAUCCAGUUUUGUUGGUUGAUAGGUUCCCCUUACCGCGUAUCGAGGACCUCCUGGUUGGUCUCAAAGGGGCGAAAAUGUUUUCCAAAAUUGACCUCUCCCAAGCCUACAAUCAGGUUGAGUUAGAUAGCUCGAAUGAACUCACUGUAAUCAACACACACAGGGGGCUAUUCAAAUACAAUAGGCUAGUUUAUGGCUUAUCUUCAAGCCCGGGAAUUUUUCAGCGCAUUAUGUAUAACCUUCUAGGAGAUAUUCCGAACGUAGAAAUAUUUUUAGAUGACGUAAUAAUUGCGACAGGGGGAGGGGACAGGGAACAUUUGGCUACUCUGAGUAAAGUACUUCAAAGGUUACAUAGUCAUGGAAUGAGGUUAAAAAGAAGUAAAUGCUCAUUCAUGGUAGAUGAGGUUAAAUACUUGGGAUACUUAAUUUCAAAAGAGGGAAUAAAAGUAGAUCCUGAAAAAGUAGAAGCUAUUAAAAAAAUCCCUCGUCCCCGAGAUGUUUCAGAAUUACGAUCCUUUUUAGGUUUAGUUAAUUUUUAUGCGAAGUUCGUUAAAAAUCUUAGCUUUAUUCUAGCACCUCUGUACACACUACUAAAAAAAAAUGUGCCAUGGAGAUGGAACAAAGAACAAGAAAUAUCAUUUUUACAUAUUAAGUCAAUUUUAAGCAGUGCUGAAGUUUUAACUCAUUAUGACCCGGAACAGCCUUUAUAUUUAACAUGCGAUGCAAGCGCCCGCGGCAUAGGCGGCGUGCUGACGCAGCGGUCUGCGAGCACAGCUGAUGGCGGGGCGGGGGGCGCGGGCGCGGGGCGGGAGCGGCCCGUUAUCUAUGUGUCCCGCGCGCUCACGGACGCAGAGAAAAAUUAUUCGCAAAUAGAUCGCGAGGCGCUUGCGAUUGUGUUUUGUUUAGGAAAGUUGCAUCAGUAUUUAUACGGUAGACGAUUUGUUUUACGAACCGAUCACAAACCCUUGGUCAGUAUAUUCGGCCCUAAAAAUGGCAUACCGCAAAUGGCGGCAAGCCGGUUACAGCGUUGGGCGAUUAAAUUAGCGGCUUAUACAUACGACAUAGAAUUUGUUAGCUCUAAAGACAAUGGAGCAGAUGGCCUGUCUCGGCUCCCCGUUUCAUUAAAAUUACCCAAUUCGAGCGAUUGCUUGGAAUUACCUGAACAAACUUAUUUACAUUUUGCGCAAAAUGAGAUGUUACUAGAUUAUAAUGAGUUGAAAAAACAAACGCAGCGCGAUGCUAUGUUAGGUCGGGUACUCAGUUACAUAAGAGACGGCUGGCCUAGUAAUUCCGAGAUUAAAAACUUACAACCAUAUUUUAAUCGCAGAAAUGAGAUUUAUGAGGAAUUAGGUUGUAUAAUGUGGGGUCACAGGGUAGUCAUACCUGAAAAUUGUAGGAGUAAAGUAUUAUUACAAUUACACGAAUCCCACAUGGGAAUAGUAAAAACAAAAGCGACAGCUCGAAGUUACGUCUGGUGGCCGGGGAUCGACGAGGCGGUGGAGGCGCUGUGCCGCGCGUGCCCGGCGUGCGCGGCGGAGGCGGACGCGCCGCCGCGCCACGCGCCCAGCCCCUGGCCCUGGCCCGCCGCUCCGUGGUCGCGGUUGCACGUAGACUUUUUGGGACCUAUUUUUAAUAAAACCUACCUAGUAAUUAUAGAUGCUAAAACCAAAUGGCUAGAAGUGUUCCAGGUACCGAGCACUGCGGCUACGAGUACUAUUCAUAAACUUUCGGAGUUAUUCGCGCGAUGGGGACUUCCCAAGCAGUUAGUUUCGGACAAUGGGCCCCCUUUUACAAGCAAAGAAUUUUCAGAAUUUUUGCGAGGUUGUGGUAUCGCUCAUUUUUUUACUGCCCCCUAUCACCCGGCUUCGAACGGUGCGGCCGAGAAUGCGGUUCGCACGAUUAAAAAAGUUAUUAAGAAGGCGAUAAGACUAAAUCUCGACGUUCACUUAUUUUUGAAUACUUUCUUAUUACACUACCGUAACACGGAACACUGCACCACAGGAGAAAGUCCUGCGGCGCUCAUGUUAGGUAGACGACUCCGGACCAAAUUAGAUAUCCUAAGACCUAACGUCGAGAACAGAGUCAGUAUAGUGCAGGCGCGUCAGGCAGAGAGUAGGGGACAGCCAGGAGAUAAUCGAGAAUUGCACGCGGGGGAGGAAGUAUGGUAUAGGAACUAUCAAGGUACGACGCGAUGGUUACCAGGGGAGGUAUCGCAGAAAAUAGGAGGUACCGACUAUAAGGUACUAGAUGGGUUAGGGAGAGAGAACCAUAGACAUAUUGAUCAGCUCAAACGUAGGUCAAGGAGUUCACUCAUUUGUCCUAACUCACCCCUGUCAGAUAAACAGGAUGAGAACAGGCUAUCUAUCCCCAGUACCACUAUGAAUGAAGCCGGUCCAGAGGAGACGCGCCCGCCAAGCCAAGAACCAGCGGGAACCACCAGCACCACCCAACCGCCCAGCAACGAGCGCGAGCCGAGCGCCGGCGGCGCCGCGUCCGCGCCCAGCCCGCCUGCGCCCGAGCCGCCCCAGUCCCGACCGAUACGACAGUGUAGGCUCAACCCUCCAAAAUAUAAAUUGUAGUUUUUAUUGUUUGUAUACUUAUCAUUAUUAUUAAGGUAACUUAUGCGUACGUACGUACAUAGAAAUG